GAUGGCCAAGGCGACGGCCAAGAUGGCGGCGGCGGCGGCGACGGCCAAGAUGGCGGCGGCGACGACGGCCAAGGCGCUGAGGGCCGAGCCCGGGGAGGACGCCUUCCGCACGCUGUUCCGCUUCUACCGGCGGGGGGACCGCCUGGGCGACGUCAUCGACUUCUCCGCCACCCGAGCGGCCCCAAAGGUUUUCAAGUCUCGGCUAAGCGAAUCGUUGGUCAGCGAGCAAGAUGCCCAUCGAGCAGGCCUGCAGCCAGUCAGUCAGUGGCAAGCCUAUGGCCUGGAAGGCUACCCGGGGUUCAUCUUUAUCCCCAACCCCUUCCUCCCCGGUUACCAGCGGCAUUGGGUGAAGCAGUGCCUGAAGCUGUAUUCCCAGAAGCCUAACGUGUGUAACCUGGACCAGCACCUGUCUGCCCAAGAGACUGGAAAUGUGUGGGCACAGAGCCAGGAGCACUUGAGGACUAAAGACGUGAACAAACGGGAGCCUCGGAGUUUGCUGGAGAAACUGCGCUGGGUCACCCUGGGUUACCACUACAACUGGGACAGUAAGGAAUACUCCGCCGAUCACUGCAGCCCCUUCCCUUCGGACCUGGCGUUCCUCUCGGAGCAAGUGGCGGCCGCGUGUGGUUUUCGGGACUUCCGAGCCGAAGCGGGAAUCCUGAAUUACUAUCGCUUAGACUCUACUCUGGGGAUCCACGUGGACAGAUCGGAGCUCGAUCACUCCAGACCUCUCCUGUCGUUCAGCUUCGGGCAAUCCGCCAUCUUCCUACUGGGUGGGCUGAAGAGGGACGAAGCCCCCACCGCCAUGUUCGUGCACAGCGGGGAUAUCAUGGUCAUGUCGGGUUUCAGCCGCCUGUUGAACCACGCCGUGCCCCGGGUCCUUCCCAACCUUGAGGGCACGGUCUUGCCCCGCUGCUUGGACGGUCCGCUCCCAGAAGCCCUCCCGGCAGGGUCAGUGGCAGAGCCCUGCUCAGAGGAUGACUGGCAGGUCUGCGCCAGUUACCUACGGACUUCCCGCGUCAACGUGACCGUCCGCCAAGUGCUGGCUGCCGGCCGGGCCUUCCCGGCGGGGUCCCGGCGGGACGCGGGGGCGGUCCACCCCGGGGAGGCGUCUUGCCGCCUGGACGACGAAAGCGGCCAGGCCAAACGACCCAAGCGGGCCAUCGACGGCUGAGGUCCGCCGGCCGCGACCGUGCCCACCCGGAAGGAGCCCGGCGGCCUUUCACCUGGCAGAGGCCAACGGCUGGAAGAGGGGAAGGAAGGGAGAGACGCGAGACCCAGCGGGGGCGUCGGAUCGGUCUCAUCGCCAGCGCGGGUCAGCGGGCGGGAGGUCCGGCCCGCUUCCUCUCCGGCUCCCCUCCGUUCUGCUCGCCGGCACCUAAGGUGGGAUGCAGGUAAAGGUCUUUAUUUUACAAGGCUGUCUAAAGCCCCUCGCGGUCUGCACUCUGCCUAUCCCUCCGUGAACGACAACGGCGAUGGUAGUGAUACUGACAGGAGUGAUAAUGGUAUUUGUUUCGAGCUCUCCGUGGUGCCGAGCCCCGGGGUAGGUCUUUGGGGGCGGACGUGAUCCCUAUCCCACGUGGGGCUCACAGCCUUUUGUGGUACACACGCGCUGGUGGGCCUGUGCAAUUUGAAAUACCUCAGGUUUUGAUGCCAAUCGGUUGGAAGCAGAUUCCCUUUCUCCCCCCGCCGCCACCCUUUUAUCUGGUGAUGAAAUAAUCUCCCCUCGUCCCCGAGUGCACUCCGUGACCAUCACUCAAACCCCUCUGGAGGCCUCGCCGGGACCAUUUAAAAAAGAGGAGCACAUGCCCCGAGACCGGGAAACUGUAAACCGCUUCCUCUGAAACCUAAUUUAAUAAGCGGCCGUCUUCCUCCUCUCCCCCUCCUCCUCGCUCUCUCCCCCGAAGGUGAAUAUUUUUAAACCAAGUCAAGAAAUCGACAGCUCUUUUUCCACAUCCCCUCUAAGACUCCCCUCCCCAUUGGCUUUUUAAUGCAAUUUUAAUCGUCGGCCCGAAACGCCAAGUCCCAGGGGUAUUCUGUCACUGUUUUCCUCAUGAAUAAACUCACUCUGUUUUAAAUUAAAGAUCAGUAUCUGUCUUGGA